AUGGAAAUGCAUAAUCAAUCUUAACAAUUAAAGCAAUUUUAUUAAGCUACUUUGAAUGGCUUAAAUGAUGAACUCAAACAUUUAUAAAGGGAAUUAGAUACAUCGAAUAGAGAAACUGAAAAAACAAGGAAGAAAUGUCAUUAAUUAGAGAUGGAUUAAUUUGAAUUAAAAACAUAGAUUGUUGAUGCUAAUGCUUAGAAGGAUUAAGCAUAAAAAGAAUUGGUACGAAUGAAUAAUCUAUAUCAAAGAAUUAAAAUUGAUAUGGAUGAAAUGAGAACAUAAUAGGAGAUUAUGAAAAAAAGAGUUGUGAAUGAAUAAGAACUAGAAAAACUUAAAGAAAUUAUUAAUUUGAGAGAAAAUGAAAUUGAUGAUUUAAAAACAAGAAACACUUAACUAGAAAUAUUAAGUAUUGAUGUUCGGAAGUUGGAUACUUAUAAUCAUGAACUUUAAAAUCAAUUAGAAAUACUUUAGUCAUAAAUUUCGAUAUAUGAAACGAAAAUUAUAGAGUAACGAAAUGAAAUUGAAAAUUUAAAUUCUAUUAAUAAACAUUUGAAUAACUAAUUACAAGAAAAGAAGAAUCAUGAUAAACUCUCCUACACUAUAUAUGAAUAGGAUAUGCUCAAUUAAAUAAAUAAAGUGAAAGAUCUCUCCAAAGAAAAAGAUAAUUAGAUUAAAUCAUAAAAUAUUUAGUUCUCUUAAUUAUAGUUAAAAUAUGACUAAUUGCAAUAAUAAAUGCUAUCCAUUAGAGAGAAUUAUGAAUAAGAGUUAAAUUAAGCAAAAGCAAAACAAGGAAAGUUUGAAUAAGAAUUCUAAGAUGAUAUUACAUAAAAGUUUUAAUUAAUGUCUAAAGAAAUCCAAUAAUUUUAACAAGAAAGAUAAUAGCUACUAAAUGAUUUAUCAUAAUAAUCAUAACAGAAAAUUCGAUUAGAUUAAAAAUUGCAACAGCAACAAAAAGAAAUCGAUAAUUUUAAGUACUAAUCUGAUUUAAGGAAUAAAGAAUAAAUUGAUAACUAAGAAACUAUUAACCAAUUGACAAAAUAAGUAGCAAUGCUGUCUAAAGAGAAAAAAGAUUUGUAAGAAUAAAUUCAUAAAUUGCAUUAUUAGUAUUAAGACUUUAAUAAACUUAACUAUUAAUAUGAAAAAGUUCUAUGCAGUAUUGAAAUUGAUGCGUUAAGAGAAAGAUUAGAAAAUGCACUUUCGGAAAUCGAAACCAUAAAAACUAAUCAACUUUCUAUGUAUAAAUUCUCAUGA